CUGCGGUUCAUCUCGAGAGCGACGGUUCAACAUCUGGGGAUGGGAUCUCUUCUUGCAAUCCAACAGUCUCCUCCACGUGUAUGCGCUCGCGGCUUAUCGCCAGAGCCACAAGCCAACGUUGGUGUUUUUCACAUCUAAGUAGUCUUCUCCACGUAUCUUAGCGGGAUACAUGCUAUCGUUUACUUAAAUCUCGCAGGAUUCGAGACUGGCCUAGCUCGUACCAUUGAGCCUCAUUGUCGUUCAAUUGUAAGCCGAAUCGAGAAAACGAGGCGCCAAAGGGAUCCAGGCGUUGCGGACUUCCCUGAGCAUCACCAAGUGCUUUGGAAGUAGAUUGACCGAAUUCAUUUAACUUAUCCAAUAACCUGAUCAAAGCACCCGCUUGGUGCCAACCUUUGCUAUGGCUGUCGAAAAACGACAUAAACCAAUCAUAUUGGUGACGCACCCAAGAGCGUGCUCCACAGCAUUUGAAAGGAUCUUCCUGACCCGUGCGCAAGAUGUUGUUUGUGUUCAUGAGCCAUUUACUGGUGCGUUUUAUUUUGGGCCAGAAAGAUUGAGUGAUAGGGCACUGGAGAUCAUUGAAGAAGCAGGCGCUGAUGGAAAACGCAUUUUGGUAAAGGAUUUUGCGAAGUGUAUAAUUCCGCCGGAUGGAGAACCUUCCGCUAUUGUACCAUCACUACGCCACGCAAAGUCGGAGGUAAAUGGAAAUGGGAGGGAUAUGAAACUUCCCGAAACGGUUCAGCUGAACCCAACUAUCAUCCCAUCCCAGACUCUUCGCACGUUUCACUUUGCCUUUCUGAUUCGCAGUCCACGUCUCAGCAUCCCCAGCCUGUAUAAGUGUUCCGUGCCUCCUAAAUCAGCUCUAACUGGAUGGCACGGAUUUCGUUCGAAGGACAGCGGCAAUAGAGAACUGCGAGUUUUCUUUGACUACCUAAAGGGCAUAGGGCACAUUGGAAGAAGCAAUGCAUGUGCAAAAGAAACGUCGACCGCGGAGCCGGACGAUAUUUGUGUCGUAGAUGCGGACGACUUGCUGGCAGAUCCUGAACGCGUCAUAAAAGCAUUUUGCACGUCCGUCGACAUUCCGUUUGAACCAUACAUGAUCUGUUGGGACAAAACCGAUGAUCGACAGCGAGCCGAAGCUUUGUUCAAAGAUUGGGCUCCAUUCCAUGAUAUUGCCAUUCAGAGCACCUCUCUCAUGUUGCGACCUUCUAUUGACGACCUUGAUCCGUCGGUUGAGUUUGCUGAGUGGGUCAGAAUGUUUGGGAAGAUGAGGCACGAACCAUUCAGCGGAGUGUCGAGGCGAAUCUUGACGACUACCUGUACUUGAAAAAGUUUAAAAUCUAAAUUGGUUGGCCGCAUUUAAAGAUGUAGAACCAAUGCCAGUGGCUGUGAUUAAGAAAAUAAAU